GUUGUUAAUAAUGCCACCUAAAUUUAGCAGAACACCUAAUUCUGGCCGUAAUAAUGGCGAAAGGGUUGGGUUAUUGGAUGAUGCAGAUUCUGAUGAUGAUUUCUUCUUGAAAGGUCCUCCUAGUGGAUCUGAAAAGGUUCGGCAAGUGCAACGACAGGUCGGUGAAGUAGUCGGAGUCAUGCAAACGAAUAUUGAUAAAGUUUUAGACAGAGGAGAAAGACUUGAAGAUUUACAGGACAAGUCGGAAAACCUUGCUGACACAGCGACUGAUUUCAAUGUAAGGGCAAGAAGGUUGCAGAAGCGAAUGUGGUGGAAACAAAUGAAGAUGAAAAUCUGCUUAGGAGCAUCUCUAGCUUUAAUUAUUCUUAUUAUUGUGUUGUCUGUUGCACUUAAAGCACGCAAGACGUGACUUGCUUUCUUAAUUCAUAACAAGUGGCCCUUUACGUAGUAAGCAAAAUUGUGCAAUACGGUAUUUCUAUAAACUGAAUAGCCUAGGUCUUUCCUUUUUAUAAUUGGCUAGUGCUGCUGUGAAAGAGGUAGAGAUGUUUUUAUUAAUGUAGAAAUCGAAAAUGCAUUGUGUUCGUAGCAUAUAAUAAUAAUUUUUGUACAAUAACUAUCUCACAGUUUUAACUAAUUAUGGCCCUUUUCUUAAGUGGACCAUGGAUAUAUGAAGCUGGUUUGACCAGGGCCGGGUAGUCGAGAGAGUUUUUAUUGGAGUUGUAUUCUCAAACUUGUCAGGGUAUAAAAUUCCCCAGUCUGAACUA